CCUCGGGAGCACAAAAGAAACGAAGAAGUGGCUCCAUCGAUUAGUCCCUCCAUGGCACGAGGAGAGUGCUGGAGAAGCAAGGUCGAGGCGAGUGGGGGAGGGAUCUGCGGAUCGUUCGGCCAGUCUAGGAGACGAGUGAGGGAGGAUGUCACGUCACGCUGGUCAGGGAUUCCAAUGCGCUCGGAAGAUGGAAGGGGACGGCCUCGGUCGGCGAUGAAAUCAACGGCAGCGCAGAGCCGUAUCUGGAAUUCAGCCCCCUUGAAGAAAUUAAGGUUGCUGGUCAGGUGAAGGUGAGGACUCUAUACUAACUAUGAGAACUCUGCGUUGAUAUAUUUGCGGGGAUAUCUUGUCCUAGAUGCACUUGCUUGGAAUUGAUCCUUUGUUCUUAACCGAUGAGCUUACUAUGCAUGACCAUCAAGCAGGGUGGAGGAAAGGGUUAGUAGUGAAACUCGUUAAUUAAUGGUAUGGUGGCACUACUUAGACGUUGAUGGAGAAGCAAAAAAGCAAAAGGAUAAUUCCAACAAGUAAAUACGUGAGGUGCACUGCUAUUUGGACAUGAUAAUGGUUUUGGGGAUUAUUAUAGUGAUUGUUGGGGCUAUAAUUCGUUGCAAUUAUAUGGGAGGUAGUAGAUUCGCGUACAUGGUUUACUUGGGGUUAGCAACUGAUAAUUUGCGUAAGGUAAUUUGGCACGACAAGUGGGAUGACUUUGUUGGCUAAUUAUGAGAUGGGAUGACUUUGUUGGCUAAUUAUGAGAUGUGUACUCAAUGAUUUGUGAAAUUUGGUUGGGCGAGGGCAAGAUAAUGGAGUGGAUACAGGAGACAGGACAACGAGCAUGCCAAUACUUAUGGAUCAAAAUCUCCAAUCGUGUAGUAAUAAUAAGGUGAGUGUAAA